GAUAUCAGCCACCGCGUCGAUUCUUCUUUAAUACCCCUCGCAGUGCGCACCAGGAAAGAUGCCACUCACACCCGCAGCAUCCCUAUAUCGGCGCUCGUUGAAAUUGGCCCUCGACUGGGCUGUACACAGGCACAUCUGGCGCGGCCAAGCCGUGUACAUCAGAUCAUUGUUCGACGCCAACAAGGACGUCCGAGAUCCUCGUCAGCAAAAGUUAUUACUCCGAGAGACAGAGAAAUUACUCGAAACAUGGAAGCAUCCUGAUCCUUACAAGUCUCCUACGGCACCAGGAGGUUCCAAAUACGAGCGAAACCUUCCCGCUCGCGAUCUUCCUUACGCCGAUGCACCUGGUGCGCAUUAGAUAGGAGGUUAGCUAGAUAUCUGCGGGAAAUAGAGUUGUCGAAUUGUACAAUACACAUUACAAUUUCAUGUACCACUUUAGGACAUGUUGGAAUCUCGAGCGAUAAAACUGAUCCCAGACGUACAAAAAUGAUUGCACGCAUUUAGUCCAUGUACGCGAAAA